AUGAAGUUCAACCUCGUCUUGAUCUCUCUCGCCGCUCUUGCAUCGCAGGCGUUGGCUGACCCUCACGGUCUCUGCGCAUGCCAGAAGCGCACCAACGGUCCUACCAACGACGACGCCACUCAGGCUUGUUGCAGCCGCGUCAACGCCCAGCUCAGUGAGAACAAACACACCUGGCUCAAAAUGAUAUGA